GGUGGCCAGGCUCUCGCAAUUAUUGCGGGAUCUAUACUCUCUUUACGGCCAGGGUGCACCGAUCGCUAAGGUUGUCAAACUUGCGAGCAGCCUAAAUGACGCCGACGAGAAGCUCUAGUCCGACUUGACUACCCCAUUCAUCACCCUCGAGAGCAAGCGUAUCGUGUACGACCCAAAGCUCUUCCUGGAUGACAUAUAUAUCGAAAUGGAGAAGACCUUCUGCGAGAUCAGCAAUCACUAUGUCCAGAACCCCGACACCUUCCUACCUGUGCCCGACGAGCCCCCGCGACCCCGUCGCAAACUUCGCGGCUCCUCCGUAGGAGGAGGGCUCACAUCCGAAGAGGCAGCUGCGAUCUUCGCAGAACUCGACCGCGAAGAGGAAGAGCGAAGGAAGGAGAGCCGAAAGAAGCGCAGGACACGACCUGAAUCCAACGAAGAGCAGCCGGAGGAGGACACUGCCGCUAUGGACCUCUCGCCCGACGGCGAGGAUAGCGAGGUAUCUGCACGCGGCUCUGGGGCACGCACCCGGCCACGCAAGCGGUCCGCCCCUGAGAACAAGCAGCGAUCGGUCAAGCGCUCUCGCACUGCUGGUCCGCAGACUGAACCGACGCGCCGCUCGAAGCGAAUUGCGGAGAAGCCUUCGGCGGCCCGCUCGUAA